AUGGGGAUGUCAAAUCAGUCGGUGACCUCAGACUUUAUUCUCAUGGGGCUGCUUGGCCACACAGGGCCACACCUGGCCCUCUUCUUCCUGGUGGCAGCCAUGCUCACUGUGGGCCUGCUGGGCAACACCAGCCUCCUCUUCCUGAUCCUCAUGGAGUGCAGGCUGCACACGCCCAUGUACUUCCUGCUCAGCCAGCUCUCCCUGCUGGACAUUGGGUUCCCUCUGGUCACCAUCCCCAAGGUGGCAGCCGGCAUCCUGCAGGGAGAAAAUUCCAUCUCUUUCGGGGGCUGCGCAGCACAGAUGUUCAUCCUGAUGCUUAUGGGCGUCUCAGAGGGCAUCCUGCUGUCCCUGAUGUCUUACGACCACUAUGUAGCCGUGUGCCACCCGCUGCAUUACCCCAUGCUUAUGAGACGCCAGGUGUGUGUGCUCAUGGUGGCCACCUGCUGGGGCUCAGGGGUGCUUGUGGCCUCCGUGCAGACCUCGGUCACCCUGCACUUCCCCUUCUGUGCCUCCCACACCGUGGAGCACUUCUUCUGCGAGCUGCCCGCCCUGCUCAAGCUGGCCUGUGCAGACACCAGGGUCUUCGAGAUGUCGCUGUCCAUCUCGGGGGUGCUGAUUCUGCUGCUGCCCGUCUCACUCAUUGUCACUUCCUAUGGCCUCGUACUGGCCACCGUCGUCCGCUUGCGCUCGGCUGAGGCCCGGCACAAGGCCUUCACCACCUGCUCCUCACAUGUCACCGUCGUGGGGCUCUUCUAUGGGGCAGCUGUGUUCGUGUACAUGGUGCCUGGCACCUACCACAGCCCACCCCAGGACAGCGCGGCCUCUCUCUUCUACAGCCUGGUCACCCCCAUGCUCAACCCACUCAUCUACAGCUUAAGGAACAGGGACGUUCGAGUGGCUGUCACCAGUGUCCUUAGCAGGGCUGGCUUCAGACCCAAGAGAUGA